UUAAAGUACGUACAUAGUUGGCUUUUGAUUUUAUUGAUUCUGUAAUCGACCGUAAACCGUUUAACAAAAAUUUGUUGGGAGAUUAAUCUUAUUCCUAAGUGACAUUAAAUAUUUUUUAUUACGAAAGUGUCUGUAUUGUAUUAUUGAAAUUUGAUUUCAUCAUAGCUAGAAGUUUUGAGAAUGUCGUCCGGUGACACAUUGUCUGGACAGAAUAUACAGCUCUCUCCUUUACGAAGUUUGGAUGACUUUAUAUUAGGGUCUGCUCGUUUUCAAAUCCCAAAUAUAAAAGAUGUGGAGAAAUGGAGCAAUCGUGUAGUAAAAAAUUUACUAUAUUAUCAAACAAACUAUUUUCUCCAAUUUUUGGUUAUUUAUGGUUUGAUGAUUGUAUUGAACCCUCAUAAAAUUGUUUGCGGACUUACGGUACAAACACUAAUAAUAGUGGUUUUGUUGGGAUUUUUCUUAAAGAAGCCGAAAUCAAAAUUUAAGCUUUUUGCCAAUUGGUCAAGUAUUAUCCAAGAAAACCCGCAGCAGAAAUGGUAUUUCCUUGCCGGUGUUGUUUUGUGUGGCUAUCUUACAUUGCGGUGGUUGAAUUCAAUUUUAUUGUCAACUUUUACUCUACUUCUUCCCAUAUCGUGUAAGUAUAAUUUAUUUAUUGGCCAAAAAAGUUUUAAACUUUGA